AUUCAAUCAAAUUAUGAAUGAAAAUGAUGUUGUUAAAAAUACAAAAACAUUAAUCAAAUUGAAAAUAAUCUUGUUGUGAUUUCUAAAACAAGAAUUAAGUAUAAUCAUGUUUUGUUGUUUGAAAAGUUGUUUAAAUGGAUUCAGUCUUACGCCGAGCGUACCUGUACGUGUCAAAGAAAAUCCUGUUCAAUUAGACACUCUGCAUAUGGGACAUGAAGUUGUAGUGGUGAAAGGUGGCCAGAGAGUAUGUGGAUCAGGCUGUGCAUUAGGCAAUGCUCCCGUUGUGCAAAAUAAAGCCUACUUUGAAGUCAAGUUGCAACAAGGUGGAGUUUGGGCAGUGGGCCUCGCUACAAGAGAGACUGAUGUCAAUCGUGUACACGGAGGCGUAGAUAAAGAUUCAUGGUGUCUGAACAGUGACGGUACAGUGAGGCAUGCCAAUGAAGAGUUGUACCACCUGUCAGCAGCUCCUAGAGACUCGCCUACAGCCGAUCUCCUUGUGUCGACAAAUUCACCCGAUCAUAAGGAAGUGGAAAUGAAGGAAAGCGAUGCUCCAACUUCGGCAGCCGUGAUGCCAGUCGAAGGUGAUACCAUUGGUGUGGCAUACGACCACGUGGAGUUAAAUUUCUUCCUGAAUGGAAAGAAUAUGGAAAUCCCAGUGAGAAACGUUAGAGGCACGGUGUACCCUGCUCUGUAUGUUGAUGACGGAGCGAUCCUAGAUAUAAACUUAGAUAAUUUCUUAUAUCCGCCUCCGCCUGGAUACGAGAAGAUAAUGGUGGAACAGAGUCUACUUUAACAAAAAUGUUAAACAAGAUCAGUGUUUUGGACAAUGGUGUGAGUCGCGCGCUUAUCAAUGUUUUUGAGAUGGAGUAAAUGUUUAUUUUCAAUCAAUGGAUGCUGGAAAUACGCCUGGAGCAGCUGUGAGAUCGUAAAAUAUUCCAGGGGUUACAUUAUGUCACUUAAAUCAGCCAAGAAAUCUACACGUAUUUGGUGAAAUACAAGAAUUUGAAAACAGCAUUUAUUAUGUUGAUGAAGUUGCAUUGCAGUAAUCAAAUUAAGAACUGUUGAUUUUAUAUUGUAUCAUCAUCAUCAUAUCAACAGGGAAGACGACUGGGU